UAUCCCAUUCUCAAGUGUCCUGUUGUGUCUAUUAAUACCAGACUCCCCCCCUGCACAAUACCCUUUUCCACCCCUCUAAAAUAAUCACAGAACUCCAAAGAGUCAGUGUAAAAGACUAGGGGGGUUCAGAAAGACUUUAAUAAGCAGGACAAACACUGAAAUAUUCAAAAAUAUAACAGCAGCAGCGGUUUGCCCCUUCCAAGGCUUCAGCUGGAAUGAAAACUGCCUUUCAUUGCAAGUGUGCCAUCUCCUCUCCUCUGUUGUGUGAGCUGAUAAUGCACUAUCAGAGCUAGCAGGACUCUAUAUAGAGGGGCUCUCUCUUCCACCCUCACUAAGUCUGAAACGAUCUGCUCCUUCUGAAUCAUCAGACGGCUUUCAGCUUUGACGCUUCCCCUUGAUUCACUGGCGUCAGAAGGAGCUCCCAGAGAUUUACUCUAGAAGGACUUUACCCUUCACCAGUAGGACUGCACCGUCAAGAGUAAUAAACAGGAAUAAGCACACAGCUGGUUGGCGCACAAAGGAUCCUGCAGUCCUAAAUCUCCAAACUUCACAGCUCAGCUGCACAGCAUUUCAACACAGAGAAAGAGGGACCCACUGUGGCCAGAUGGUCCCUGGUUGUUGCCCCAGAGCUGAAGUGAAGAAUGAAUGAUCCAGCAGAUCCCUCAAGCCUAUUCCUCAACUCCUCCCUGGAAACUUCAGAACAAUGUGGCAAAGAGACCCAUAUAGAGAACAUCCUUUUUGCCACUUUUUAUCUCCUGGAUUUCAUCCUGGCUUUUGUUGGCAAUACCCUGGCUCUUUGGCUCUUCAUCCGGGACCAAAAGUCAGGCACUCCAGCCAAUAUUUUCCUGAUGCAUCUUGCUGUGGCCGACCUGUUUUUUGUGCUGGUUCUACCCACCCGGCUGGUAUAUCACUUUUCUGGCAAUCACUGGCCAUUUGGCGAGAUCCCAUGCAGACUCAUUGGCUUCCUUUUUUAUCUCAACAUGUAUGCCAGUAUCUACUUCCUCAUGUGCAUUAGCGUUGACCGCUUCCUAGCCAUCGUGCACCCUGUGAAGUCCAUUAAACUCCGCAGGUCACUCUAUGCCCACUCGGCAUGUGCCUUUCUUUGGGUUAUAGUUGCUGUCGCAAUGGCACCUCUGUUGGUCAGUGUGCAGACAGCUGAGAUGAACAACACAACUGUCUGCCUACAGCUCUACAGAGAGAAGGCAUCACGCCAUGCUCUCGUGUCCUUGGCAGUGGCAUUCACCUUUCCAUUUAUUACUACAGUGACCUGCUACUUAUUGAUUAUCCGUAGCCUGAGGAGUGGGAACAGAGUUGAGAAGCACCUGAAGGAAAAAGCCAUCAAGAUGAUCAUAGUUGUCCUAAUGAUCUUUCUGGUCUGCUUCGUACCCUAUCACAUCAAUCGCUACAUUUACAUUCUCCAUUAUGACGGCACCAAGACUUCCUGUGAAACCCAGCGAGUCCUGGCACUCAGUAACCGCAUCACUUCCUGCCUCACCAGCCUGAAUGGCGCCCUUGACCCAGUGAUGUAUUUCUUUGUUGCUGAGAAGUUCCGUGAGGCCUUGUGCAGCUUGUUUUGUGGCAAAAGAGCUGCAAUGAUGCCUCCAAGUUAUGAGGGGAAGACAAAUGAGAGCUCACUAAGUGCUAAAUCUGAACUAUGAGAUCAUAUUUGUUGUCACUUCCGGGCACAACACAGCCAGAGAGAGUAAAGGCAAGUGACUCCAAGGACAAAAAUGGUAUCCCCAGAGUCAGUAUCAUUCUUGCAAUAUCAAGGAGGAGAGUUCAGUUAUUCUAUGCAGCUACAACCAGCAAGGGCUCAUCUCUGCCAGAAGACAGAUUGUAAUCUCUAUAAAUCGCAAGACAUCUAACCAUGAAUGCAACAGCAGCAGCAUCUGUUGCCCAAUCCUGAAGCUGAGGCCUGAAUAUUUAGGGAUGGAGGAAGGAAACAAGAAUGUAAUCAAUCCAUGAUUUCUCCAUCUAAGAGUUUUAUACUCAAGUCUCAUUCAAGCAAAUGUUGGCCACCCUGAGAAACAGAACAACUGGAAUUCAAGGACUAAGAUUCAGUGGGUGAUUGCCCCCUGCCCAACAAGCACACCCUCCCCUGAAAUCCUAUGUUGUACCAGCCAGAGAGAUUCAGUCCUGGGAUAUCAGAAGAGAAUAGUAGUGUCUCUAGAUCUAUUGUGAAUAUUUGUAGAGAGUUGGGGGGAUAUGGUAUGCCUAUUGAACAGGGGAAAGGGGAAACCUGUGGCUGGAAUAAAUGGGAGACAUCCUGAUUCCCCAGGGAUGUCAAGCUAUUGUCGCCACAGGCCUCUUGUCUAUGCUGAGGAUUUGGGCAUGAGCAGUAAACAUCAUGCUAAUAUUUCAACCUGUCCUUGGGUUUGUGGUUUAAGGCCCCAGGAGCUGUCUUCAGUUAUAAGGCAGCAUCUUCUGAAUGAGCCUUGGGGUGUAGUCCUGUUUGAAUUAUCAAUCACCUUAAUAAUCUCAGGCUAAAAUAAAAGGGAAUGGAAAGAAGUCUCAUGAAAAAAAUCAGUAAAGGGAAUAUCUUCCAUUGGUUUAUAAAUGCUGAACCUAAAACUCUGAAUCCCUGUAAAAAAAUUAGCCAAGAAGAUGAAAAGUAGAUGUGCUGAAAGUGUGAAACGCAGGCUGCUUGGGGAAAGCCUUAAAGCUCUUUAGAGUGUUUUAUUUGGUCUGAAAAACAUUUCAUUUGCUACAUAUGAUCACUAACCUAGUUUAGCUUAACUACCCUCACUAAUAAAUGUUGCACCAAUGGAACACAUCUGGGUAUUAAAACAAGCAGGGGAGAUAGGAGAAAUCCCAUGGUAUAAAAGGAGAAGAGCAGAAGAAACCAUUAUGUCCACUAGGAACCUUGCUAAGCCAAUCAUAUUUGCCUCUCAAAUGCUUAGGUACGGCAGUGAUGAGCAUGAUAGAAAGCCAUAUGAUAGCUCAAUCUUAUUUACAUAUUCUACCCAUGACAUUGGGAAAGAGCUCUCAUGUCUCCAAGAGUAUGAAAUCAAACAGCUUUUUAUCUUGGUUAAGUUUCUGGAAUCCUGACUGCUUUCCCAGCUGGUACCCAGCACUGCUCAAAGGCACUAGCCAAUCAGAGACACAAGCCAAGAAGCCAAAAGGAAAAUCCAUUAACUGUAAUUCUGGAAGCCUAGAGACUGGUGUUAUAUGGAGGAUUACUUGAACGGGAAGUAAUUAUGGAAGGUUCCCUGGUGGACAGGGUGAAGCAAAUAAUCCUCUUUCCUUUUCCCACGUUGAUCAUGUCAGCGGGUAGAAACAUCAACUCAAUGACUUUCCCAACCCCUGCUGGACAGAGGUAUAACAGUCUGAAGUUAAUCCACUGUGCUUCAGAAUUCAAAGCUAUCUGCCAAACUGUCUGUCUCUCUUCUUACCGGGAUGUGAUUUUGUACUGUCCUGUUUGUAUUAUUUUUGCCAUUAAUUUUUUUAAAACAAAAAACUUUUUGGACUUGUUCAUACUUAUUAUACACAUGUAAAAUAAAUAGUUUAAAAGGAUCAGUGAGAAGAUGGUCUUUAUAUUAACAGAGGCUCCCCCUCAGUCUCUUAUUAUGCCCAGGGUUCCCACUCAAUCAGCAGAGACAUGCCCCUUUAUCUCUCACAUGCAGACCAGCAUCAUGCCUGGAAUCCUUUCCCUUUCCAGCCUUCUGCCCAUUCACCCAACUCUAUCCACAAUCCACUGGCAUUCCGCCUUCAGGCCCCUCCUCUACCCAUAUGUCCUUGGAUAGUCAGUGUCCUGUCCAUUGCCCUUUCUCUACCCCAUCUCUCACUUUCCAGCCACUCAGUCCUACUCCGGGCUUAUUCUGUGCCUUUCCAUUCUUCAUCUGCCACUGUGUUUUUGUUUUAUUGCGCUAACAGACCUCCUGUUCCCACAUCCACAAUGUACCGGGCUAAGCCCCUGUGGCUCUGCUCUCUCUUACCUGCCAGCAUUUUUUACGAAGCCUAGGUCAGCAAGUGCCACAUCACAGAGCUCACAACGGAAGCAUUCUGGGUGCCAAUUAUUAUUCAUUGCCUUGAUCACACGUCCAAUAAUGAACUCACCUUGGAAAGAAAAACACAAUCCUUAGAUGCAAACAGAACCAAUUUGAGCAAAAAACUCUCCCCACAUCCACCACCAUUCCUUUUCAAUGCCACAAGGCCCAGUAUAUUCUGAUUUGCUGAAAAUACCACUUCCUCCCACAAGAGUACCAGAAGAACAUCUUCAUUUUUAACCACUGCCAGAGUAAUUCUUUGUUACUGUCCAGAGAGCCUGAUGCUUAGGAUGACCCUUGGGUUAAAAUUUUCAUCCCCAGUGAUCCUCUGCCCCAUGACUUCUACUCAGGGAAGAGAAGAGACUACAUAGUUUUGCACAUGGAGAUCUUACCACAUUGCCCACAACAGGGUGCAAACAGCAUCUGGAAAUCAUGCUCACAAUACUUUCGACCCUCAAACUGUUAACGAAACAAAGGAGAGAAAAUCCUCAGUGAAUCACAAACUGUCCACUAUAAAAAUUCAGACUAUUAUUAGAGCUUGCAGGUGACAAACUUGUAAAGGUUAAGCAAGUGUUUUCAUUUCCAACCCAUUCUUCAGUUGCUUGUCAUUGCCUUGAAAAAAAAUCCUUUGUCUCAGCCCCAUGGAGAAUUUUCUUGGACAAUGGAGUCAAAUCAAUGCAGGUAUGUUUAAUAUGGGCAAAGGUGCAGGGGAAAGCAAAACCAAAACAUACACAAAACUCCACUGUUCCUAUAAUUAGCUUUUCUUGCCCUUUUCUUCUGGGUUCAUAUACCUCAAAAGAGCUCAAACUUGACAUGAUUGUUG